UGAAUGAUCCACUCUGCAGCGGGAAUGACUCGGAUACCAUCACAAGUCUGAACUUGUGACUGACAAAGAGUCCACCGUCGCUGCUCAGAGCUGCCAAACCCGCAGCUGAACACGCAUCCCGGCCGAAUCAAACAGGUUUCCUCCCAGAAACAAGGCCCGGUGGCUGAAACGUCAGCGAGGACAGAGCAAGCUUUGUCUUCGCCCCUCCACACACACAGAGCGGGGGAUAAAUGGAUUGUUUUGAAACCAUGGCAGGGAAAACAGAGGGAUUUCCCUCCUCCGCCCAGCUGCAGCCAGCUCUGUGCCUUCUUUUUGGAGAAUGCCAAAGAACUGGUUCCCUCCUCUCUGAACAGACAUGCAGAACAGACACACAAACCAAACAGUGUUUGUGCUUCACAUGUGAGCGUUAGAAUAACACCCCGCCCCGUCCCGUCCCGGCCCCGUCCCACCGCGCUCUCCUGCCAGCUGUCUCCGGUUUGGCAGCCCGGCAGCAGAGAGGAGGAGGAGGAGGAGGAGGACGAGGCAGGCCGGAGUCAUGAAGAGGCAGCUGGAGCUCGCCGCCCUCGGUGUCGCCGCCACAGGAUGGCUGGCUGCCAUCCUGACACGCUGCCUGGCCGUGUGGACGGUGAGCGGCACCCUGAACAACACCACAGCCAGCCUGCCUGCCUACUGGGACGGGGUGUGGCUGGAAUGGGACCACUGGGAUCUGGCCCACGACGGCAGCCUGCACUGCUCCUUCUACCGCUCCCUCAUGUCUCUCUCCGGAAGUUUCCGCACGUGGAGGGCCCUCGUCUCGGCAGCCAUCGGGGCGGGAGGUUUGGCGGCAGUGACCGGAGGGGUGGGCCUGGUGUGGUUCCCGGCGCGGGGCCAGAUCAAGGUGUUCUCCGGGAGUUUCUUCGUCGUGGCGGGGAUCCUGCUGCUGGUUCCCACGGCCUGGACGUGCCACCACACCAGCCAGCCGCUGCACAGCACCGUGCCCCUGAGGAGAGACUGGGGGCCCGCUCUCUACCUCGGAUGGAUCUCCUUUGCCCUGAUGCUGGUCGGAGGGGUGUUCUUAACCACCAGGUGCCCGACCGCCGGGGAGCAGCCUGCCAGGAGCAGGAGCUCAGAGGCGGAGGCCGGCGACCCGCUGAGCACCAUCAACAGGACUGCGUUCACUAACAGCCAGUACAAACGCAGAUCUGAGCCCAUCUGAGGGAUGCUGAUGUUGCAGGAGCCCUGCAGGUCUGCAGCAGUUUCAGAGACGCUGUCCAACAGAGACGUUUUCCAGUCCUGUCUCCCACCAUGCAUACCGGGUCGGCCCAUCCCAGGACAGAGAUGGACUUCUGCAGAGCUUAGCUGCUGUUCCAACUAACUUCACCGCGGGUGUCCAAAGUGUGGGCCCCAGGCCCCCCAACUGCAAUUUAAGAGGGAUUUGGCCCCCCAGCACAGAUGGAGACUUUAUUUUUAAUCAGGGCAAAAUUAUUACAGACAUGUUAAAAUCUUCUUUCAGUAAAGGUUUAGGUACAACAUAAAGACAUCGUCUUUUAAAUAAUCUUUAAUUUCACAGUAAACAGGACCGCAUCCACUAACUUGUUGCUAAAAUAGCAGACUUUGGUGCAUCCAGAUCUGCUUUUAAUUACUUUAUUAAAACUGGUUAAUUACAGCAAACAUUUUCCCAGAUCCUGCUCUUAUUGCUGAGAAUAAACACAUUUUAAAUUAUUUUACAAUCGAGCCCAAAAGAAUCUGCAAACUGAACGACCGCGUUUUAAUACGGUAGAUGUCCAAAAGCUGUUAAUGGAUCUAAAAUAAUUACGUCAGACCACUUUGUUUCAUUAGAAUAUUGCACAUUCAUAUUUUGUGAAGCAUGUAAGAAAACAACAAUAAACUAAUUAUUUUA